AUGACCCUCCGGCUUCCGGGGUCGCUCGUCAAUAGAGCUUUGCGCAGUCGACUACUCUCUGCGCAACAAUGUCGUGCGGCAACUGCGGCUCAUAAUCUACCAGUCACGCAAAACCUCUUCAACGCUACCCGAGCCGCAUCAUCCCUCUCCGCAUACUCCUCCGAGAACCACCGUCCUCAAUUCCCCAGCCAUGGCGAUCGUUUCGAUAACCAGGCUCAGGGCCAAGUUCAAAGGAAACGAAGCAACAACCGCAUGCCAAAAAAUACACUCAACCCAGCAAAAAGGGAAUUGCUGAUGGCUGUUGCAUCGAACAACCGUUCCGCGCGCUAUGACAACGAGAAGGAGAUCGCUGAAAGUGAGGCUCUUGACACUGCAGCCGCGCAAGAUGAUGGCGCAGUCGAGGGGCAGGAAAAGCGCGAACCAUCCGAAGACGAAGAGACACCCGAAACCGAGACCCCUGGUCAAGAGAACUUCAACAUCAAUAACCAGCGCAAGGUCCCGCGAGAGUUUCAGAUUGCACCCAGCAUCGUCAAUAUGGAAUUGAAAUGGUUGAUGGGUGAUCCUCAAAAAAUAGCGGACCGGGUCAGACGUAUGUUGCGCAACGACCAGCCAGCUUUGGCGGCGGCGAUUGUGCGCGCCGGAACAAAACAAGGGUUGGGUACUGGUGUUGCAUGGAAUCACCUGAUAGCAUAUUGCAUGGAACAGCAACAUCCGCAAGCUGCAUUCAAGUUUUAUAAUGAUAUGAAAAAACGAGGCCGACGACCUAACACGCAUUUAUACACCAUUAUGUUGAAGGGUUUCAGCUCGGCUCAAAUGUCGCCGUCUGUUGUCAAGACAGCCGCCUCUGUGUACCGCUCGAUAUCCGCACCGAACUCUGGCGUUGAGCUGAAUAUCAUACACACUAACGCGAUGCUCACAGUCUGCCACCGACAUGGUGAUAUGGACAGAUUAUGGAAAAUCGCUGGAGAGCUGCCCGAGGAAGGAGAAGGCGCCCCCGACUCGACCACGUACACCGUCAUUCUAAACGCGGUGCAAUUCGCAGCCCGCAGAGAUAUCGAGAAGAUGUCUCCUGAUCAGAUUGACAAGAUCCUUGCGCGUAAGAGCCAAGCUAUUAUUGAAGGCAAGCGGGUUUGGGCCGAUGUCAUUUACCGUUGGAAGAACCAGACACUAGAGGUUGACAAUUCCCUUGUCAACGCUAUGGCUGGGUUGCUCUUGGAUGGCGCCAGUGAUUUUGAUUGCUAUAACGUGAUGGAGCUAUACAAGCAGACCAUGGGGAUCCCCAUUCUUGCAAAGCGACCCGCCGAGAGUGAGAAGACGACGCGCCGCCGGAUCACCCACGAGCAAAACCAGGCAAUUGAGACUUCUGAACUUCAGCGACAAGAAAAGAUGGAGGAUCUACCCUUUGUAGACGAAAACAACAACCCUCUGGGUGAGGCAGAGAUGGCCGGAGAACCCGCGGAGGUCGCAGAAGAGCUUGAGGAAGAAAGCUCGGAGAUGGAAGAACAAGAAGAAGAGGAAGACGAAUCAUUUGACGAUCUCUUCAAGCCCGUGGUUCCAGGAUCUGAAGAGAUGUCAUUCUUGCAACCCACGAGCAAAGAACUCACCCUCCUGCUGAACGCCUGUUUCACGAUGACCCAAGGAACUGACGGAGCCUUGAGUUACUGGAAGUACAUGACCAUGGAGGAGAACCACCAUCGGAUUGAGCCCGACGCGUUCACAUACGUGACAUACUUCCGUAUGCUUCGCAUCUCGCGCUCCAGCAAGAUUGCCGUUAAGACACUGCGAGAACAGAUGGUUCCUUCCGGCCACGCCACUGGAACAGCCUUCCACAUUGCUCUCAGCGUUUGCCGUCGCGAUCGCCGAAACCACUCGGUUCUCCUUCAUGCAAACGAAGUCGUUGGUCUCAUGGACAAAGCACUUGUUCUCCCUGAUAUCCGCGUUCUGGAUGGCUACCUCGAGACCAUCCAGAUCAUUUCCGGGGGCCACUCCGUUCUUUUGGGCCUGCGAGGCCUCGAGAGCAAGGGCGUUGGCGGCAAAACUCGCACACUCCAGGACGUGGGCAAGAAGCUCCAAGCGCUCCUGCGACUGAAUGCCAUUGCCACGCUGCGACCAUACGUUGCUCAGCUACACGAGGCAAUUGAGAACGGCAAACCCGAGGAAAACACACGGUGGAGUGACGCCCAAAACAAACUCGCUGACCCAGUCAAUGGCAGCGCGGCUGCCAAGUUCAUGGCGCGAGUUCGUCUAAUUGUUGAUGACACACUUUCUGUCCACUACAAGAACUUCGUGUCGAAAGAGGAGCGCAAAAUCCUUCUGGCAGAGUCGAAGAUGCUGAAGAAGUACUCUGAUCAGAAGGUUAUUGCAAGCCUCAAGGCCAAGACCGUAUACCCUACGGCUGCUCAAAAGGAGGCGGCCAAGGAGCGCAUCGCCAAUUACCAGGAGGCGUGCCGACUUGGACAAAACGGAUCGGAGGAAAGUACCGUCGCGCAGACGGAUUCUGGUAGUCAACGGGAGGUGAAGACCCAAGCUGAGGCUGAAGCUAAGGCUUAG